AUGGCAGCUUCAAAAUCCCAUUCUUCACUCCUGCCUCUCCUCGCCAUCUUUGUUAUCCUUCUCACAGUAACUGGCCAGGCAUUUGCAGGGCGCAAUGCUCCGAAACAAACCAACAAAGAUGAGAAGAAAGAGCCUCAGUUUUUGUUUGGGCAUGAUGGCAGUUUUCUCAUUCCAGGCUUUGGGAGGGUGGCAAAACCAUACAAGUUUUUCCCUUACAGACCUCCAUACACUGCUCCACGCACUGGUGGAAGUACUGGAACGGGUGCUUCACCACCGGGGCGUAACUAUGUUCCUGGUGGAGAUGAUACCUUUGUCCCAAACCCUGGUUUUGAGGUUCCAAACCCUGGCCACCCUUGA